CUAGGAUGCUGGAGCUGAGGGCAGUGGAACUGGGGGGGUGCUGGAGCUGGGGGUGCUGGAGCAGAUGCCGGAGGCAGAGGACUCUGCACGUGCGGGAUGCCGGAUCCGGCGGAUGCUGGUGCUGGGAACGCCGGCCGUGCCGGACGCCCAACCGGGCGGAUGCUGGAGCCCACGGGACGCCGGCCGUGCCAGCGCUUCGCCUCGGUGCCGCGCUUCGUGGAGAUGCUGGUGGUGGCGGACGAGUCGAUGGCGCGCUUCCACGGCGCGGGGCUGCGGCCGUACCUGCUGACGGUGCUGGCGGCCGCCGCCAGGUCCUUCCGGCACGGCAGCCUGGGCAACGCCGUGGAGCUGCGGGUGACGCGCCUGCUGGUGCUGGGCCCCGACACCCCGGGGCCCCCCGCCACCUCCAACGCCGCCCAGAUGCUCCGCAACUUCUGCCGGUGGCAGCGGGACCUCAACGUCCCCGACGAGGACAGUCCCCUCCACUUCGACACCGCCAUCCUCUUCACACGGCAGGACCUGUGUGGGGCGGCCACGUGUGACACCCUGGGCAUGGCCGACGUGGGCACCGCCUGCGACCCCGAGCGCAGCUGCGCCAUUGUGGAGGACGAUGGGCUGCAGUCCGCCCUCACGGCCGCCCACGAGCUCGGGCACAUCUUCAGCAUGCCGCACGAUGACUCGCAGCACUGCGCGGAGCUCAACGGCCCCGCGGGCUCCUCGCGCCUCGUGAUGGCCCCGGUCAUGUCCUCGGUGCCGCCCGGCGAGAUGUGGUCCCCGUGCAGCGCCCGCUUCAUCACCGAUUUCCUGGAUAACGGCCACGGUCACUGCCUCCUGGACAAGCCCUCGGAGUGGCUGCGGCUGCCGACGGCGCUGCCGGGCGCCGUGUACCCGGUGGAGCGGCAGUGCCAGCUGGCUUUCGGCGUGGACUCACGGCACUGCGGGGACGUGCAGCCGCCCUGCGCCGCGCUCUGGUGCAGCGGCCGCGCCGGCGGGCGAGCCGUUUGCCAGACCAAGCAUUUCCCCUGGGCCGACGGCACACCGUGCGGGCCCGGCAGAGCCUGCAUGAGCGGGCAGUGCGUGGGCAUCGCCGCCAUGGAGGAGCUCAAUGUGAGUGCCGGGACGCUCCGGGUGGGACGCGGGCACCGGCGGCGCUUUGACGUUUUGCUUCUCCCCUCGCAGACCCCCGUGGAUGGCGCCUGGGGGCCGUGGGGGCCGUGGGGCAGCUGCUCGCGGAGCUGCGGCGGCGGCGUCAGCUUCUCCCACCGCUCCUGCACCCGCCCCGCGCCCCGCAGCGGCGGCCGCUACUGCCGGGGGGAGCGGAGCCGGUUCCGCUCCUGCAACGCCGGGGCCUGUCCCGGGAGCAGCCCCCUGGCUUUCCGGGAGGAGCAGUGCGCUGCCUACAACCAUCGCCCCGACGUCUUCAAGGGGCUGCCGGCCGCGGGGGACUGGGUGCCGCGCUACAGCGGCGUCCCCGAGAAGGACCGGUGCAAGCUGACCUGCCAGUCGCGCAGCCUGGGCUACUACCACGUGCUGGAGCCAAGGGUGGCCGACGGGACGCCCUGCUCGCCCGAGGGCACCGGGGUGUGCGUGCAGGGCCGCUGCAUCCCCACCGGCUGCGACCGCGUCAUCGGCUCCAAGAAGAGGUUCGACAAGUGCAUGGUGUGCGGCGGCGACGGCUCCACCUGCACCAAGGUCUCCGGCGUCUUCACCAAGCCCCGCUACGGCUACAACGACGUGGUCACCAUCCCGGCGGGCGCCACGCACCUCCUGGUGCGGCAGGGCUCGCCGGCGGGCAGCGGUGACGCCGGUGACAGCGGUGACAGCAUCUACCUGGCGCUGCGGCAGCCGUCCGGCGGCUCCCUGCUCAACGGCGGCUACGUCCUGGUGCCCUCGGAGAGCACGGUGACGCUGGCGGGCGGCGUCACGCUGCGCUACAGCGGGGCCACGGCCGCCACCGAGACGUUGGCGUGCCGGGGGCCGCUGCGCGAGCCGCUGGUGCUGCAGGCGCUGGUGGUGGACGAGCGGCGCCCGCCCCGCUUGAAGUACAGCUUCUUCGCCCCCCUGCGCCCGGCGGCGGCGUGGGAGAAGCAGAAAGCGGAGAUCUUGGCGAUCCUGCGGAACCGCCGGCGCCAGGCCUAGCGCUUGGGGUUAUUUAUUUGGUUAUUUAUUGCCCGCGGGGGCACCCACCCGUGUGUCUACCUCAGCCCCAACUCGGGCAGAGCGGGGCCCCCCACCCCCGGGCUGGCCUCGGGGGCCCCCCCGCGUGGUCCCUGUCUCUCUCAGCCACCCGCAGCGCGGCGGGGGGGUUAUUUAAAGGUAUUUA